AUGCCUUUCUUUUUAUUUUAACUCAAUAUAUGAUCACCAAAAUUUGUCCUUGCUAUGUAGUUUCAUAUCUGUAAACCCUUCAUAACACCACAAACGCCUUACACCCAAUCAAAUGGCUGAUGUGGAGGAAGAAGUCCCUCCAGAGGCUGAGGAGGAGCAAAAUGAAGGAGCAGAAGCCGAGGAAGACCUUGAUGCAGAAGGCGAGGACGAUGACGAGGAGGGCGCAGAGGAGGAAGAGUCGGAGGAGGAAGAGGCUGAUCCAUUCGAGUUGCUCGAUGAAAGCGAGGCGGAGGACGAGGAGCAGCAGGCAAUGUACAAGGAGUAUCUGGAGGUGGUCAAGGAAAUCGAUGCCCAGAACUUGGUCAUACGAGAGCUUAAGGCCAAGUCCACUCGAUUGAUGUGCAAGAGGUGCAAGACAUUCAGGGACAAGCAGGAGUACAGGCGACUGAGAGCCUGUCAGGAGCAGGAGGACAUCCACCUGAGGGCCCUGGUCAACCGAGCCGUUCAGCUGCAAAACUUCGGAUCUCCCAGGCGGUACGGAGAUGUGGAACUAGAGUUUACAGAAGCCGAGCAGAGUUACUUCUUCACUGGCCUUCAGCCGUCCUUUUCAGGAGCAUGUCCCUCAAACUCGGAGGACGAGUCUUCCCAAGGGUGCUGCUUCUCGGAAUCUGACUCAGAUUCGGACUCCGAAUACGAUCCGUGCUGUACCUAGUCUGCAGCUGUUUGGUUGGACAUAAAGGCGGGACUUUUGUGGUACCUAAUAAAGUGUGGAUUUGUAAAGAAACAUUUGUCUAGAACAACA